AUGGGCGCAGAUGUGUCGCGAUCCGCGACAGGUGCUGGGACCGGGGCCGGGGCCGGCAUAGUCUCCGGCGGCCGCCCGCUGGCAGUCGCCGUCAUGAGCGCCACCCUGCUGCUCGCCUGCGCCGCCGCCGCAGCGUGCGUGGCCGCCGCCGGGGCGCGCUCCGACGCCUGGUCCGCCCUCGCGCCCGCCCCCGCCCCCGACAACCCCUGGGGCCCGUGGCUGGCCGCCCGCCCCGAUGGCCAGUGGACGGCGAGGCAGAGCGCCGACGGGCGAGACAUGGAGGUGGGCGUGGCAAUCGGGGUGCCCAACCCCGCCCCCGGUGCAGCGCCCUCGGCUUUCAACUUCGGUUCGCCCGGUGAGUCCACACCAGGUUGGACCCCUAUUUCCGGCCGAGCAGCUGAAAUACAAGGUCCCAUUCAGUCGUUUCCACUUUCUGCCUUCCCACAAACACCCUCUGUUCAACCAGCCAAUAUCGUUGAACUCAAUAGACCAGUGUUUUGGGGGCAGAUAAUGCCAAUGCCAUACAAUCCACCUCUUUCCUCUAGUUACAAGGCGUUGCCGGUGAGCGAGUGGGAGACGUCCGCCCCCAGGCCGCUGGCGCCGGCGCUCGUGGGCGGCGGCGCCCUGGCACCCACGCCCUUCGCCCAGCGCCGCGUCGGCGCCUUCCGCCUACGCAGCGACCACGGCUACCAGCUGACGAUGGAGGUGCCCCCGUUGGCGGUUGGCCCUGGGGCUCCGGCGGACGGCGUCCUCGUCAUGGAGAUGCGCUCCUUCACCGUGCCACCGUCGUCAUUUAAGCCGUUCGCCUCACCAUCUGCCCGAUCUCCAGCGGGUAAAAGGAACGCGACGCCAGCUUUGGUCAGCCCAAUGACCCAACGGUGA